AUGGACCCAGUGUCGACUACUUGUGUCACCCACCUAGCUACUCAUGUAUCUCAAAAGAGUCUGACCAAUAUAGUCCUUGGUACUUUGCCUAGUAACACAGAAGUCCCAAAAGCCUUGGGAAAGGAACAUGUGAAAGUAGUGACCCUUAGGAGUGGGAAGGAAUUAACAAAGACCAUACAAAAAGAAAGUGAACAUGUUGUGUCUAAAUCUGAGACUACACCAGUGGUCCCUGUUAUUGAAAAUCCACGAAGAUCAUUAGAGCACCAGUCAUCUGAGGUCCCUACUUUUGUUUCCCCCAAGUCAGACUAUCCUUUGCUAUUCCUAGAAGAGGCUGCUAGGAAGUACUCAAUUGAAAGUAAGGUUAUAGUAGAUCCUAAGACCAAAGUUGUGACCCCAUCUGAACCUCAAGAAAAAUGUAGUGCACUUCUGACCAGCAAGAUACCUCCUAAGCUUAAAGACCCGAGAAGUUUCACUAUUCUCUAUUCUAUAUAUGGAAAAGAGAUUGGAAAGGCUUCGUGUGAGUUAGGUGCUAGCAUCAACCUGAUGCCCUUAUCUGUUUUCAACACUUUAGCCAUAGAAGAGGCUACACCCAUAACUGUCACAUUGCAAUUAACCAACAGAUCCAUUGAUUAUCCUAAAGGGAAGAUUGAGGAUGUCUUAGUUCAAGUUGAUAAGUUCAUAUUUAUGGUAGAUUUCAUCAUUCUAGAUUUUGAGGCUGAUAAUGAUAUUCUUAUCAUUUUAAGGAGACCAUUCUUAGCCAUCGGUGGAACUUUGAUAGAUGUCCAAAAAGGAGAAUUAACUGUGAGGCUUCAGGACCAAAAAGUCACAUAUAAUAUCUUUAACUCCUUAAAGUACCCUAAUUACUUGGAGGAGUGCUUAGGCAUUACUAAGAUAGAAGCAAUAUGUCAUGAUGGAGGAAUUAGAAAGGUUUGUAAGUUGGAGGAAGAGGAUAAUGAUGAAAUAUAUGAAGAGAUUGUUGAGGAGUUAGACUUGAGAGAGGAUGAAAGUAUCCGAUUUGAUGUUACAUCAUUUGAAUUUUUUGGAAAAUGA